CCUUCCAAUCUUUUGAGAAGAUGAAGCAUGUUGCAUGCAGUGGAGCAUGGGAGGGGUUUGCAGAAAACAUGAAGCCUGAACACUUGCUUUGCCAGUUGCUGGGCUGCUUUCUGCUACCCACAGCUGCCUGUAAACCCUUGAAAGCAGACUGCACUCCUGUCAAAUGUAGCCCCUGCCCUGACCAACACACAGCGGUGACUGCGGAGAAGAACUGCUGUGCUAUAUGUGUCCCUCCAUGUUCCUGUCCAGAUUACCAGCAAUUGGAAUGCGCCAUGCAAGGCUACGAGGAUGGAAACGUCCCGGUGGGGAAAUCUUUCCACAUAGACUUUGCCACCCGACUCUGCACCUGUGUUUCUACAGGGAAUAUCUCGUGCACUUCAGUUUGUCCUUCGGUUUCACCUACAUGCAAGGAGACCGGAAGCCCUCCUGAUGGCUGUCCCCAGUGUGUAUGUCCCAUUGACAAUGACAGAAUCGUAAUUGCUGGCAGCACCAUCCCCAGGGACAGUGAGAUGUGUGUAUGUCCCCCUGAGGGAGGCAAACUACUCUGCACCCCAACCACCCCUCAGCCCACUACAGUCUAACAAUGAAGAGGCUCUGUUCUCCAAGUAAGCUAAGGAUUGUAGGAGGGCAAAGCUUUUUGUUAUUAGAAUAUAAGAGAACUCCCAUUAUAUCUGAGGGCACCCUUAUGGAAAAUCCUAUAGAAUGUACAAGAAAAUAAUUAUCUUGCUAUAAGUGUUUCAAACUCUCCUAUAAAAUGGAAUAGUGAAGUAUAGUCUUGCUAUAGAAUUGCAUAGGGCUAAAAAAGAAACAAAAACUAUAAAAAGGCAUGCCAUUCUCUAUUAAAUCUCAAAACCAGCUCCAAACAUUUAUAGUAAGUUAUUAUUUUCUGUUUUAACCUAUAGGCAUUCUCCAUGAUGGUGUCCAGGA